AUGGUUUCGUUGCCGCCCACAUCCAGAGCUCCAGUACUUUGUUUCCUACAGGCCUGCUUCCUGGUCAGCCAAAGACUAUGUGCCGCGAGCUCCGUUGAGCUCACGGCGACUGGCUUCGCACGUCUGCACCGAGAGCAGCACGAGCACGAGAAGUCGCAGGAAGGGCUUCAGACACACCUGCUUCGACGCGAGGAUUUGCGUCUCGUGUCAAGAGACACCGCAAAGCAAAGCUUUGAGCCUGCGGCUCUUGCUCAGCAGCACCAAGCUCGGGAUGUGAAUGAGAAGCAUACAUUAGAGGUAGCGGAGAGCCCUGAUGAUACUGCGAUUGAUGCUGUGGAUGAGCGGGCCUUCGCAUCAACUCCGGAACCCAUUCUAGAAGAUGCGUUGGCACCAAUAGAUGAAAACCAGAGCAUUUCUGGGGCUUCUGGCAGGCCAGCUUUGGUAGUUGCAGGCAUGUAUGGCGAGGCUGGGUUUGAAGGGCCUCGUGGAGCCACAGGGCCUGCUGGGCCAGCAGGGCCGCAAGGGCCCGCCGGAGCUUCCGUAGUUGGGCAUAGUGGCGCACCGGGCACCCCCGGCAACCCUGGCUCGAAAGGCAAGAUGGGAAACGUUGGGGCUCGAGGGGCUCAAGGACCAGCGGGUACCCCUGGGGGUCCACCGCCUGAGCUAGACAAGUGGUCGAAGCUCCUCAACUACUACACUGAGAUCAUCUACCGAAUGGAGAGCUCGGCCACCAUACAUGUUCGAGGUUUCAAUCGGGAAGCUUCGAUGCUGCAACAACAUAGUGCUCUCUUCAAAGCUCGGACUGAGACUCUGAACAACCGAUCCGCCGAGCUCCAUCACUACAUGGUGGACAAUUACAAGCGCAUGGUGAAAUCGGUGAGUUCGGCCCGCGAAGUGGACGGCUUCGUGCACGGGAUGCCUCAAGCAACCUCGCUGUCUGCUCUGCAUGAAGCCCAGCAGCUCUAUCCGGCCUACCUUGGCACUCAACGAGUUGCAAUGGCCAUGCAGGCAGCGGCUAUCCAGCGACAGCAGCGACAGCAGCUACAACAGCGUCAGCAGUAUUCGCAAUCUCAGAGCCGACACUCUCAAUCAUCCAGUCGAAAGCAUUCAAAGAGUGCAGCUACGUUCACAUGUCCUAUCACCAUCUACAUGUACCUAGCAGCGAUCAUGGCGAAAGCGCUGUUCCUGUGA